AUGCCUCACCCACUGGAGCCCCUGUCACCACAAGAAGUGCGGCAAGCCGCCAGCGCUCUCCGCAAACACCUCCAAAUCACCUCAAGCACAGACAUAAGAUUCAAAGUGAUCGAUCUAUUCGAACCCCCUAAAGCUCAAGUCCUCCAGUACUUCCAUGUAUCUGCUUCCGAUAUCCGAAUCCAUCGCAAGGCGAGGAUAUACUAUCACAAGAAGCCAUCGCAGGUUCUUCGGAAAGCGAUUGUGAAUGUGACCGUUGCGAAGGUUGAGGAAGAUGAGGGGAUUCCGGAUGUACAAGGGCCUGUGGACUGGGUAGAGUUUGCUCAGGUCGAGGAGGCGUGUAAUGACCAUCCUUUGGUGAAGAAGGAGGUUGAGAAACUUAAGCUUCCAGCUGGAGCCAAAGUCGUCAACGAUCCCUGGGCAUACGGCACCGACGAUGCCAACGAACGCCGACGAUUGUUCCAGUGUUACAUGUAUGCUAUUCUCAACGACGAUCCGGAAGCCAACCACUACUCACUCCCCCUGCCCUUCGCGCCGAUAUUCGAUGCCCACACUCUCGAACUCGUCAACUUCGAGCGCCUCCCAGAAGGCGAGGGGAAGGAAAUCGACGCCGAGACGCAGCCAUGGACUCCGAAGGAGCCCGUCGAGUAUAGCGAGCGGCUACUGGAGAAGACGUACUUCCGCAAUGACCUCAAGCCACUCGUCAUCACCCAACCCGAAGGGCCAUCCUUCAACAUCCAAGGCCGCUGCAUCUCCUGGCAGAAGUGGACUUUCCAGCUAGGAUGGACGAUUCGAGAGGGACCUGUUCUGAAUGACGUGCGAUACGAUGGCCGGUCAUUGUUCUACAGAGUCUCUUUGAGCGAAAUGACGGUUCCGUACGGAGAUCCUAGAUCACCAUACCAUCGCAAGCAGGCAUUCGAUUUGGGCGACUCCGGGUUUGGGUUGACGUCCAACACUCUUGCCUUGGGCUGCGACUGUUUGGGCCAUAUCGCAUACUUCGAUGGCAUCCGUGUGACUGGCGAAGGAGAGCCCGUCCACAUGCCCAACGUCGUCUGCAUGCAUGAGGUCGACCAAGGAAUUGGCUGGAAACAUACCAACGUCCGCAAUGGCCAAGCGUCCAUGGUUCGAGACCGCCAACUCGUGAUCCAAAGCACGGCAACAGUCGCGAACUACGAGUACAUCGUCGCUUUCGUCCUUGAUCAGGCAGCAAACUUGCACAUCGAGCUGAAGGCGACGGGGAUAGUGUCGACGAUGCCGAUUCGACCGGGUGUACACUCUGAAUGGGGCACGACAGUAGCGCCAGGCGUCCUUGCCGUCAACCACCAACACCUCUUCUGUGUGAGAGUAGAUCCCAACCUCGACAACGGUCCCAACAGCAUCCAGUACGACGACUGUGUCCCAGUUCGCAACGAGCCGGAGCUCGAUCCAUUCGGUUGUGCUUUCCGCGUCAAGAGCACCGUGAUUGAUCAGCCUGGCGGAUAUGACCUCGACCUCAGUUCUUCGAGGACUUUCAAGGUCAUUAACCCCAGUUCUGUCAACGCAAUCUCCGGAAAACCGGUUGGAUACAAGUUACAUGCUGUGCCGAGCCAGAUGAUGAUGAUGGGGCCUGAGACGUUCAAUCUUCGAAGAGGGUUGUUCGCGUCGAAGCCCAUCUGGGUUACCAAGUACCGAGACGGUGAACUCUAUGCCGCUGGAGAGUUCACGAACCAGAGCCGUGAGGAUACCGGCCUUGCAAAGUUUGCGGCUCGCAAAGAAGGCACCGCAAAGACAGACUGCGUACUCUGGCACAGUUUCGGCAUAACCCACGUCACUCGUCCAGAAGACUUCCCUGUCAUGCCGAACGAGAAGAUGACGGUGACGCUCAAGCCGACGAGCUUCUUCGAAAGCAACCCAUCAAACGAUGUUCCGCGCUCAAGUCAAGCGCUGAAUCGGUCGACGCUGCACCAGGAAGUCCGCUCUAGUGCGGGACAGAAAGAAGCGAAGUGCCAUCUUUGA